AUGGGAAACUCGGGGUCUGAUUCGAGCCGGAGCUUACUGGAGGAUUGGGAAUGGCCGCUGCUGGUUAAGCUCGCCGUGGGUUGGCCUGCGCCUUCUGCAUCUUCUUUAAAUGAGUGGUUUUCUUUAGCCUUGUCUUCUGCUUCUGUGGAAAAUGCCUCUCUUAUGCUAAUGAUCUUAUGGGCUUUAUGGCAAAACAGGAACAAUGUUGUAUGGAAGUGCCAGGGUCAGACUGCGAGUGGUGUGUUCUUCAUGGCUCUGAAUUUUUUGCAGCAAUGGAAAGCAACCUGUGUCGUUUCCCCAGUAAGCACCAUUAUUGAUUCGGCUCGCCUGGGCUGGUCUCCUCCGCCGCACGGUUGGAUCAAGGCGAACAUUGACGCCUCUUUAAGCUUGCAACGAGGUUCGGUAGGUUUCGGUUGUGUAAUCAGGAAUGAUGAUAGGAGUUUUGUGGCUGUUAGAGCAGACUCUUUUUAUAGCCAAAUGGAUGCAAAGUGUGCCGAAGCUAUGACAUUUCGGAAAGUAUUGAGCUGGAUUAAAGAGUGUGGAUGGGAUCGAGUCCUUUUUGAAUUGGAUGCUCAGGUACUUGUGAUAUCAGUUAAUUGUGCUUUGUUGGAUGAUUUAUCGUCUUUUGGCCUUUUGGUUCAAGAUUGCAAACUGCUUCUAUCUAGUUAUGAGGAAGCAAAGUGUGUUUUUGUUUAUAGAUCUGCGAAUGAUGUUACUCAUGUUCCAGCAACAUCGGCUCAUUCUGAGUCAGGUCAAGGAGUUUUGAGUUGA